CGUCAGCUUGUCCAUCAUCUUCUCCCUUCCACCACUUCUUUCAUUCUUCUUCCUCAAAACGACGCACGCGCGCAGAGCGCGCUGUUGACUUUGGACCCAACAUGCCCGGCAUCUCGUACGACGACUCGGGAUCACUCGCCUCGUACUUUGGCGUCACCACUCUUGCCCUCCUCCUGCUGCCAGCCACCUGGUACACCCUUCGCCCAGCACCACGGGAUAAGCUCCACUCUCUAUGCGACUGCUCAGAAUGUGUGGCCAACAACAAGCGUAAGCGCAAGCUGCGGUCCAGCGCAAACUCCGGCCGCCUGGCCUGGUACUUGCUCUUUGUGAUCAUCGGAUGGGCAGUCUUCGCCUACCUGGCCUACGGGCUGUACAUUGCCGGUCCUGGCGCUGGCAACACGGUCUACAACCCCUUUGAGAUCCUUGGCAUCGCAGACAGCGCAACAGAAAAGGAGAUUAAGAAGCACUACAAGAGGCUCUCGCUCCAAUUCCACCCCGACAAGAUCAAGCUCGGCGAGAAUGAGACGAUGGCAGACGCCGAGGCCAAGUUUGUCGACCUUACCAAGGCCUACAAGUCGCUCACCGACGAGACCAUCCGCGAGAACCUCGUCAAGUACGGCAACCCCGACGGACCCCAGCAGCGCGAGGACAAGAUUGCCAUCCCCAAGUGGGUCGUCGAGGGCCAGAGCUCGGCCUGGGUUCUCCUCGCCUACGGUGUCGUCCUCGGCCUCGGUAUUCCUUUCGUUGUUGGCCGCUGGUGGUUCCGCCAGCGUGCCCUUACCCGUGACGGCAUCCUGAACGGCACUGCCGAGGCCUUCUUCCACCAGGUGCACGAGGACUCGGACGUUGUCAACCUCCUCACUGUUCUGUCCACCGCUCACGAGUUCCGUCCCGUUCUGGAAGGCAAGCGCAGCGGGUCGAAGAAGCAGCGCAAGGAGCGCCAGGCACGCAUCGAGGAGCUGGAGAAGGUCAUUGAGGAGAAGCGCGAGGAGCUGCUCAUCGAGGAGAGCCCCACGAUCCGAGUCGACUCGCGCGCUACCGUCAACACUGCCGUCGCCCGCCGCGCGCGUGCGCUUCUCUGGGCCCACCUCCUCCGCCUCGAGCUCGAGCCCGAGCUCCAGGAGGAGCAGCUCGCCGUUAUCCGCCUCCUUCCCCCUCUCCUCAACGGUCUUACCAACAUUGCUCUCGCUCACAACUGGCUCAAGGCGUCGCUCGCAUGCUACCAUCUCCAGUCGUCUCUCGUUCAGGCCGUUCCUGUCGGCACCUCGCCCAUCGCCGAGCUCCCCGGUAUCUCGCUCAAGGAGGCCCAGGAGAUUUCGAUCACUAAGGACGCUGAGGGACGCCGCUGGCUUGAGCGUUACAUCAAGGCUGACGUCACUGGACACGAUGAGGCCAACAAGAUUGCCAAGAAGACUGUCAAGCUCGAGGUCGUGAGCGCCGAGUUCAAGGUCACUGGCGAGAAGACUGUCACCCCCGGCUCGAUUGUCAACCUGGUCACCAAGCUCCGCUACGUCUACCCCAACACUGUCACCGUCUCCAACGGCACCGCCGCUGUGCGUGGCGACUCGGUCGAGGCUGUCGAGGGCGCCGUCGAGCCCAAGGAGGGAGAAUUGGAUGAGAAGAAGGAGCUCAAGGAGAAGCUCGCGAUUGUGGACGAGAAGAAGAAGAAGGCCGAGCCAGCGCCCACGCCGAAGAAGAGCGGCAAGGCGCCCAAACCCACCCCUCAGGGCUACGCCCACGCUCCCCACUGGCCAGCAGACCGCAAGGCGCAGUGCUUUGUUCUGCUGGGCGACUCCAAGCUCGACAAGGUCAUUGUCCAGCCCAUGCGCGUCGCCGACAUUCCCCUCCCCAACGCCGACGGCACACCUGCCGAGCCCAAGGAGUACAGCCUCCAGUUCCAGGCGCCGCCAUCGGCCAACCUGUACUCGUUUGUGCAGUACUUGUCGAGCGACACGUUUGUCGGGGCCGACGUUGCGCGCCCGAUCAUGCUGCGCGUCGACGAGGCGACCGAGGUCGAGAGCGACGACGACGACAUUUCAGAGCCAGAGGAGGACUCGCUUGCCGGCCAGAUGGCGCUGAUGCGCGGCGGCAAGGUCAAGCCGUCAGGAGUGCACGGUGGCGGCGAUGGAGACGAGAGCGAGUACGAGACAGACACGUCAAGUGACGAGGAGGGCCCGCGCCGCGGCCGUGCGAUCAACGAGGAUACGGACAGCGAUAGCGACUAAGUCGGCGUCUCUCGACCCUCGCAGCAUUGUCCAUGAACAUUCCCUUUGCAACCACCAGUACACACACAGUAGCCCCCCCUUGUUAAAUACAUUGCAUCGCGCGUCCCAGCUCGACAAGCGUCACUUGUCGUGGAUACCCAAUGUUUGGUGAUACCUUGAUCAUCCCCAUGCA